CCCACCGGGUCCCUUCACAGGACCCCGCCGCUGUCCCUGUUGCCAUGGCCGCCAGCCCCUCCAGGCCCCCAGUUGUCCGUCAACGCCAGCAGAGCCCCCCGGCCCGGCCCUCGCCCACGAGAGGACGGUCACACUCGGCCUCUGUGGGGCUGCAGGGGUGGGGUGGGAGGAGGGGGACACUGGGACAUUCACGGCCUUGGGCAGCAGACGCAGCCACACAAGGGACCCCUCAGGAACCAAGCGGCCUUUCAGGGCCGGGGGGGCCGCCACCUCCCUCCUCUGCUUAAAUAGCAGCCUCCCAUCCACGGCUGCUCGGAGCCCACCGCCGGCGGCCCCCCACCCCUGGCUCCAGCUCACCCGCCACCCCUCGGCCCGGUCACCUCCCUGUCCGCCCGGACCUGACGACGGUGAGCGGCUGGUCCCAGGCUCCAGCCACAGAAUGAACGGGCUGGAGACGGCCCCUCCAGGCCUGCUCGCCAACUCCUCGCCGGGCAGCGCCGAGCAAUGCGGCCGGGAGACGCCACUGGAGAACGUCCUUUUCGCCUCCUUCUACCUCCUGGACUUCAUCCUGGCCUUCGUUGGCAACGCCCUGGCCCUGUGGCUUUUCGUCUGGGACCACAAGGCGGGCAGCCCGGCCAACGUGUUCCUGAUGCACCUGGCCCUGGCCGACCUGUCCUGUGUGCUGGUGCUGCCCACCCGCCUCGUCUACCACUUCUCGGGGAACCACUGGCCGUUCGGGGAGAUCCCGUGCCGGCUCACCGGCUUCCUCUUCUACCUGAACAUGUACGCCAGCAUCUACUUCCUCACCUGCAUCAGCGCUGACCGCUUCCUGGCCAUCGUGCACCCCGUCAGGUCGCUCCGGCUGCGCAGGCCGCUCUACGCCCACCUGGCCUGCGCCUUCCUCUGGGUGGUGGUGGCCGUGGCCAUGGCCCCGCUGCUGGCCAGCCCUCAGACGGUGCAGACCAACCGCACGGUCGUCUGCCUGCAGCUCUACCGGGAGAGGGCCUCCCGGCACGCCCUGGUGUCGCUGGCGGUGGCCUUCACCUUCCCGUUCGUCGUCACGGUCACCUGCUACCUGCUGAUCAUCCGCAGCCUGCGGCAGGGGCCGCGCGUCGAGCAGCGCCUCAAGGGCAAGGCGGUGCGCAUGAUCGCCGUGGUGCUCGCCAUCUUCCUGGUCUGCUUCGUGCCCUACCACGUCAACCGCUCCGUCUACGUGCUGCACCUGCACGGCGGCCGGGCCUCCUGUGCCACCCAGCGCCUGCUGGCCCUGGGCAACCGCGUCACCUCCUGCCUCGCCAGCCUCAACGGCGCCCUCGACCCCGUCAUGUACUUCUUCGUGGCCGAGAAGUUCCGCGAGGGCCUGUGCAACCUGCUCUGCGGCCGGAGGCUCACGGGGCCGCCCCCCAGCGCCGAAGGGAAAACCAACGAGAGCUCGCUGAGCGCCAAGUCGGAGCUGUGAGGGCCCGGGACAGGACCGCGGGGUGGCCCGGAAGGAGCAGACCACCCGGACACACACACGAAGGAGGAGGCCGCCUUCUCCCCCAGCCACCACCAGCCGUCUCGGCAGGUCACCAGCUCCGACGCCAAGGCCCUUGCCCUGGUCACAUCCCACCCUUGCCAAGGUUCAAAUCCCUCAAAAGGGAGAACUGACGGCGUGCCCCCUGGGCCACGUCCCUCUGCACGGAGCAUGCAUUGGCCGCGGGCAGGGGAUGGGUGCAGAGGCCAGGACAUCUUUUGAACGAGUCCUUCUUUCUGAGCACAGCCUGCGAAGCUCCCCAUCUCCUCCCCACUACAGAAAGGCAAGGCGGAAAGCCCGGGAGGGGCCUGGAAAUGACCCGGGAGCAGGGACAAUAGGGAAACUGGGCAGAGGGUCCUGAAUAUUUCUCUCGAAAUGCAGUGUGGCUUGAGAUCCCUUUGAGGCGGCUUUGCCAGGGGGCCAUGGAUUAUAACGCUGGUUGAUGGAUAAUAAUGCACAUUACUCAGCAGGGCAGGUAAGCUCAGAGACGGGUCCACAGUCCCUGUCCCCCUGCCCCAGAUGCACAACUGAAGAGGCACCUCCUGUGGGGCCUGGUGUCCCCGGAACUUCUCUGCCGGUGCCCAUCCCUCCCCAGCCCUGGUCAAGCGGAUGGCGUCAGUGGGCAGUCCCGGGGACUUGAGCUGUGUCACUGCCUGAGCCGGGCGGCGAGCCAGGCCCUGGCGUGGGAAGCCGUCCCCACCACUCCAACUGGGCAGGGCACGUCCUUGCCCCCACCCCCCCCGAGGGCCCCUGGCAGCCAUGGCUGGCCACGUGUGAGCCACAUCAUCCGCGGCUGGCAUGUAUCUCCCUCGCACGUCCUUUUUUGUACUUGUUUAUACUGAUCAUAAACAUAACUGUAGUUUUAGGCCUGCAAAUUUGUGCUAUGUUUGGUUAACAUAACAGCCUUCCCAGAAUGCCUCCUCCAUUCAACCUAAGAAUGGCAAACUGGUGGGAAGGUGGCAGGGUGCAGGGGUUGUCUCUCUCUCUCUCUCCCCACCCCACAUCUUGAUGCCCUCCCCCCAC